GUAAGCUUUUGCUUUGAGCGGUUGUACAUCUUGAACAAUUUACAGAAUGUCCAAGUCUGCGUCGCUCCUUUUGUGUAUGUUAAUUGUUUUGUAUCUGCAGAAAUAUGUUACAAGUGAUUCGAACACCGCAUUGUUAACUCAGAACUCUGAAAGCCAGUGCGGUGGAUAUUGCAUUUCCGCUAUAAAGCUUUUUCUGGAACACAUCGCUGCCAAUCAGCAGCGGUGGAAUGCCUUCGACGUAACUACACUGGAAUGCAAGGCCAUACUGGACAGGAAGGUGCCAAAAGUAAAGCAAAAGGAAUACUUCGUGCAGAUCGGCUCGAGGUUCUUUUAUAUCGAGCAGCAUCACAGAGUCAACUGGUUUUCCGCUACGAGUAUAUGCCGUCAGAUGGGUGGCUAUCUGGCAAGUCCGAGAAGUGAGGAUGAGUUGAAUGGCAUUAAGGAAAAGCUCACACGAGACAGAUACUAUUGGCUUGGAAUUUCUGACUUGGGCAAUGAGGGCUUGUUUCUGUCGGUGGCCACUGGAAAAAUGGCAUCUUUUCUAAAGUGGAGUUCUGGUGAACCCAACAAUCGUGGUAAAAAUGAAAGAUGUGUAGAACUUCGAUCUGACUUCCUAAUGAAUAACAACGCAUGUACAUUUAAGACGUAUUUUAUUUGCGAGGCAAGCGGUGAAUCAUAAUAAAUAUCAAACCUAAAUGUAAGUCCCCUUUUGUGUGGGGUUGUUCAACCUGCACUGAUAGAAAAAAGUCAUAGUAAAAAUAACUACAAUCAUAUUUGAAUUUAAAAAAGGCGAUUUUUAAAUACAAACAUACUAAAAUUAAAUAGAA